AUGGCGCCUAUACCCAUCAAGUUUCAGGAGCUGGUUCAACUCUCUAAUGUUGGGGUGGACACACAGUCUAUUGGCUUCAACUCCUGUACACUGGAAUCCGAUUCGUUCGUUUGCCUUCGCGAGAAGAAGAACGAUGCUGCCCAGCCCGAAGUUGUCAUUGUGGAGCUCAAGAAUGAAAACAGCGUCACUCGACGGCCCAUCAAGGCCGACAGUGCCAUUAUGCACUGGAACAAACAAAUCAUUGCCUUGAAGGCCCAGUCAAGGACGCUUCAGAUUUUCGAUCUCGAACAAAAGAAGAAGCUCAAAUCAUGCACAAUGAACGAGGAUGUCCAGUUUUGGAAGUGGAUCAGUGAAUCUACUCUCGGCCUUGUCACGACCAGCAGUGUUUAUCACUGGGACGUGUACGAUGCCAGCCAAGAAGCUCCUUCUAAAAUAUUCGACCGAAACCCCAAUCUGAAUGGUUGUCAAAUCAUCAACUACCGUACUAACGAGGACGGUAAGUGGAUGGUUGUGGUGGGCAUCUCCUCUCAGCAAGGCCGCGUGGGAGGAGCCAUGCAAUUGUACUCCAAGGACCGCGGCAUCAGCCAGUCUAUCGAAGGUCACGCUGCUUCCUUUGCAUCUAUUCGACUCGAAGGUGCUCCUCAAGACACCAAGCUCUUCAGCUUCGCUGUCAGAAGUGCUACUGGAGCUAAAGUGCACGUUGUUGAGGUCGACCAUGUCGACUCCAACCCCGUCUUCCCGAAGAAGGCUGUCGAAAUUUUCUUCCCGCCCGAGGCCGUCAAUGACUUCCCGGUUGCUCUACAGAUAUCCCAGAAGUAUGGUAUUAUUUUCAUGGUCACGAAGUACGGCUUCAUUCACUUGUACGAUAUAGAGACAGGCACCUUGCUCUUCAUGAAUCGAAUCUCGAGCGAAACAAUCUUCACCAGCUGUGCCGACAGCAAUUCCUCCGGCCUGGUGGCUAUCAACCGCAAGGGACAGGUCCUGUUCGUCACGGUGGAUGAGACCACAAUCAUUCCUUAUCUUCUCGAGAAUCCGGCGAAUACACAGGUUGCCAUCAAGUUGGCUUCACGAGCAGGACUGCCUGGGGCGGAUAGCCUUUAUGCGAAGCAGUUCGAUCAUCUGUUCAACUCUGCCAACUACGUGGAGGCUGCCAAAAUUGCCGCCAACUCCCCUCGUGGCUUUCUUCGAACCCCCGAGACCAUCAGCAGAUUCAAGAAUCUGCCCACCCAAACGAGUCAGCUGGCUUUCAUACUGCAAUACUUCGGCAUGCUCCUUGACAAGGGUGGCCUGAACAGCCAUGAGACCCUCGAGCUCGCGGGGCCGAUACUUGAGCAGAACCGCAUGCAUCUCCUCGAGAAGUGGCUGAAGGCGGGUAAGCUCGAUUGCUCGGAAAAGCUUGGUGACAUGGUCCGUCCCCGUGAUAUCAACAUGGCAUUGAGCAUUUACCUCAAGGCGAACGUGCCUCACAAGGUUGUCGCUGGUUUUGCCGAAACCGGGCAAUUUGACAAGAUCCUACCGUAUACUGCCCAAACUGGCUACCAACCCGACUAUAUCCAACUGUUGCAACACAUCAUCCGCAUCGACCCUGACAAGGGCGCCGAAUUUGCGACUGCUUUGGCCAAUGGCGAGCAAGGCCCAUUGGUCGAUCUCGAACGAGUCUGCGACAUUUUUCAGUCCCAGUCCAAGAUUCAGCAGGCCACGGCUUUUCUCUUGGACGCCCUCAAAGAGAACAGGCCGGAGCAUGCUCGCCUGCAAACUAGACUGCUGGAGAUGAACUUGAUGCACGCGCCCCAGGUUGCCGAGGCCAUCCUCGGUAAUGACAUGUUCACCCAUUUUGACAAGGGGCGGAUCGCUCAACUCUGCGAGCAGGCUGGGCUCCCUCAAAAGGCACUCGAGCUGUACGAAGACUCGGAAGCAAUCAAGCGGGUCAUUGUCAACAUUCCGGGCAGCCCCAACUUCAACCCGGAAUGGCUGAGCAACUACUUCGGCAAGCUGUCCGUGGAGCAAUCGCUCGACUGCCUUGAUGCUAUGAUGAAGCACAAUAUUCGCCAGAACUUGCAAUCCGUCGUCAACAUUGCCACCAAGUAUUCUGAACUUCUCGGCCCGGUCCGCUUGAUCGAUCUUUUCGAAAAGUACAAGACCUCGGAAGGCCUGUUUUACUACCUCGGCAGCAUUGUCAAUCUCUCCGAGGAUGCUGAUGUUCACUUCAAGUACAUCGAGGCCGCUACCAAGUCCAGUCAGUUUAACGAAGUCGAGCGUAUCUGCCGUGACAGCAAUUACUACAACCCAGAAAAGGUCAAGAACUUCCUGAAAGAGGCUAAACUUCCCGAACAAUUGCCUCUUAUUAUCGUCUGUGACCGAUUCAACUUUGUCCACGACUUGAUCUUGUACCUGUAUCAGAACCAACAAUUCCAGGCGAUUGAGGCUUACGUCCAGAGGGUCAACCCGGGCAGGACACCUGCCGUCAUUGGUGGCCUGCUCGACGUGGAUUGUGAAGAGAGCAUCAUCAAACAGCUCCUCAGCACCGUCGAUGCCCACCAGAUCAAUGUUGACGAGCUCGUGUCUGAAGUCGAGUCUCGGAAUCGCUUGAAGCUGCUGUUGCCCUUCCUGGAAGCUACUCUGCAGGCUGGCAACCAGCAGCAAGCUGUGUAUAACGCCCUUGCCAAGAUUUACAUUGACUCCAACAACAACCCGGAAAAGUUUCUCAAGGAAAAUGAUCAGUAUGAUACCUUGACAGUCGGCAAAUACUGCGAAAAGCGCGAUCCCAACCUCGCGUAUAUAGCGUAUUCCAAGGGCCAGAAUGACCUCGAACUAGUAAGCAUCACCAACGAGAACUCAAUGUACCGGGCUCAGGCCCGUUACCUCUUGGAGCGUUCCGACAAUGAACUCUGGAACUUUGUCCUCAGCGAAAACAAUAUCCACCGUCGGUCAGUGGUUGAUCAGGUCACCUCGACCGCCGUUCCCGAGUCGACGGAUCCUGCCAAGGUCUCCGUCGCGGUCGCGUCCUUCCUCGAAAAUGAUCUUCCCCUUGAACUCAUUGAGCUCCUCGAAAAGAUUGUCCUCGAGCCGUCACCUUUUAGCGAUAAUCAGAACCUGCAGAACCUUCUCAUGUUCACAGCUGCCAAGGCCGACAAGGGCCGUGUCAUGGACUACGUUCACAAACUCGAUGGCUACAGCGCUGACGACAUUGCCACCUCUUGCAUCGAUGUUGGUUUGUUUGAAGAAGCCUUUGAGAUCUACAAAAAGGCCGAUAACAAAGCCGCGGCUGUCGACGUUCUUGUGAACCACGUUGUCAGUAUCGAUAGGUCUCAAGCUUAUGCCGAGGAGGUAGACAUUCCUGAAGUAUGGAGCAAAGUUGCCAAGGCUCAGCUUGAUGGCCUUCGCGUCCCCGAUGCCAUUGAUUCCUAUAUCAAGGCCGAGGAUGCCAGGAACCACACGGAAGUGAUUGAAACAGCCACUCAUGCUGGCAAGAAUGAGGAAUUGGUCAAGUAUCUCCGCAUGGCGCGCAAGACUCUGAGGGAACCCGUCAUCGAUACCGCGUUAGCUUUCUCAUAUGCUCGCCUCGAUCAGCUUUCUGAGCUCGAAGACUUCCUGCGAGGUACCAACGUGGCCAACAUUGAGCAAUCUGGCGACAAGGCCUACGAGGAAGGAUUGUACGAGGCCUCCAAAAUCUUCUACAGCAGUGUUUCCAACUGGGCUAAGCUUGCCACCACUCUUGUCCACCUUGGCGAAUACCAGGCCGCGGUGGAUUGCGCCCGCAAAGCAAACAACAUCAAAGUUUGGAAGCAGGUUCACGAAGCCUGCGUCCAGAAGAAGGAGUUCCGCCUCGCCCAGAUCUGCGGUCUCAACCUCAUUGUUGAUGCCGAGCAAUUGCAAACACUUGUCAAGGAGUACGAGCGCAACGGGUACUUUGACGAGCUCAUCAGCCUCCUUGAGCAAGGCCUUGGCCUCGAGCGCGCCCACAUGGGCAUGUUCACCGAACUCGGGAUCGCCCUUUCCAAGUACCACCCUGAGCGUCUCAUGGAGCACAUCAAGAUCUUUUGGUCAAGAAUGAACAUGCCCAAAAUGAUUCGUGCCUGCGAAGAAGCGAACCUCUGGCCCGAGCUUGUCUUCUGCUACUAUCACUACGACGAGUUUGACAAUGCCGCCUUGGCAGUAAUCGAACGACCCGAAAACUCGUGGGAUCACCAGCAAUUCAAGGAAAUUGCCGUCAAGGUGGCCAAUCUCGAGAUAUACUACCGUGCCAUCAAGUUCUACGUUGAGCAACAUCCAUCCCUGCUGACCGACCUCUUGGCUGCCUUGACCCCUCGCAUCGAUGUCAAUCGGGUGGUGAAGAUGUUCCAGAAAAACGACAGCCUACCAUUGAUCAAGCUAUUCCUGCUGAGUGUUCAGUCCCAAAACAAGCGCACGGUCAACGAGGCCGUAAACGAUUUGCUUAUUGAAGAGGAAGACUAUAAGACACUGCGAGACUCGGUCCAAAACUAUGACAACUAUGAUGCCGUUGAGCUGGCUGGCCGCCUGGAGAAGCAUGAUUUGAUAUUUUUCCGCCAAGUUGCUGCCAACAUAUACCGUAAGAACAAGCGCUGGGAGAAGUCGAUUGCCCUCUCCAAGCAGGAUAAGCUCUACAAGGAUGCUAUCGAGACUGCGGCAAUGUCUGCUAAGAGCGAUAUUGUCAAUGAUUUGCUGCGAUAUUUCGUUGACAUUGGCCAUCGCGAGUGCUACACCGGAAUGCUCUACGCAUGCUACGACCUCAUCCGACCUGACCUCGUGUUGGAGCUGUCGUGGCGUCAUGGCCUCAAUGACUUCACCAUGCCAUACAUGAUCAACUUGGUGGCGCAGCAAACCAAAGAGAUUGCGUUACUGAAGUCGGAUAACGAGGCUCGCAAGGCCAGAGAGAAGGAGCAGGAGAAGACUGAAGAUAACACGCCCAUUCUUGGUGCUGGGCGCCUCAUGAUUACUGCUGGACCAGGUGGCAGCAUGGGCAGUGGUAACUCAACAGCGCCAUUCCAACAAGCAAACGGCUUUGCAGCGCAACCCACCGGCUACGGUUUCUAG